AUGCCCAAGAUCAUCGGAUAUACACCUCCAUUUCUGUCUCGACCAUCGCCAGGCUCCAAAAUCUUCACAGAUCCCGAGCCUCAGUCGCCCGCCUCUCCUUCCAAACGCUCCUCCUACAUCGGCCCACUCCCCUCGACACAAUAUCAAGGACCCAGAAGACUACUCGCUAGCAGAGGCACGGAAAUCUUUACGGUUGUGGGGAAUAAAAUAAGAUGGGCGGAUCUCACAACGGUUCGAGAUGAGUGGGAAGACAGCACCCAGUCCGGCGCCAGUCGGUUUGGUCUUCCUCGCUCUGACGCAACCAAGGCCACAGAUGACAGUGUUUACAGAACGCUAGCUGUGCCUGUGUAUUACCAGAUUCGUCAGAUUUCUAUCUCCCCGUCCGGUCUCUUUCUGGCCAUCUGCACAGAACAUACGGUUCACAUCGCAGUGCUUCCAGACCCAUCACGGCUGAAGGAGCAUGACCGAUCGCCGCUGAAAGUCAAAACAUAUCAGCUUGGUCCGACGGUCCAUGUAAUACCUGAGUCUCCGCUUGUGUCUGUAUUGUGGCAUCCGCUGGCUUACGCCACUGCUUCCACCGAUUGUCUCGUCACUGUGACUACCGAAGCAGCGGUUCGAGUAUGGGAAUUUGACAAGGCAAACAGCUGGUCCCUGGAUCGUCCGAAAUUGGCCAUCGACCUGCGAAAACUUGCUGACGGUGUGUCGUGCGACCAAGAUUUCGAGCCAUCGGGAUUUGGCAAAAGUCGGGGAUUUUCCGUCGAUAAUUUUGACAUGGAGGUUUCUGCCGCAUGUUUUGGUGGUCGGGGACGAGAGGACGAAGACGCAUGGGCGGGCAUGACACUCUGGAUCGCCAUGAGAAACGGGGAUCUGUACGCUCUGUGCCCAUUGCUGCCGUCGAGAUGGAAGCCCACAUCAACCACUAUUCCUUCGCUGACCACGACUGCUGUCUCUCGAAUGGCAUCAAUCAACGACGAUGAGACAGAUAUAGAUGAAAGACGGGCCGCGGACCAGCAAUACGAGUGGGUGCAAGAGAUCGACAACGAGGAGGCCCAGAUUCACCAAUCGACAGAUAGCCUCGGCGAAUUUGAGGUCCGAUUUAGACCACAGAACCCGAGUGCGAUUCCACGUCUUCAAGGGCCGUUUACUAUUGUCCCCGAGGAAGACGCCACGGAGAUUGAGGUUUCUGAUAUCCAUGUGUUUCCUGCGAAACUUGAUGAACAAGACCUCUUCGAUGGUGACGAUGACGAUGAAAUCGACCAAGGGCUUGUCCAGCCAAUUCCUUUCACGACUAUUUGCGUUGCUACGCCCGAGAAUCAAGUUUGGUUUGCCAUUGAUCUUGAUGGUGUGACCGGACAGUGGCUUCCAAAGAAAGGAAAAAGCGUAUUUGGUGUGCCUUCAUCUGAUGCCAAAUCCCUGACGUUGAUUGAUAUUGUUACGCUCGACGAACCGACCACGGAUACUGCGGCUAAUUGGCCUGUUUUCACUCCGGAUGUCGUGCACGAUUAUUCGCUUGUCCUGACUACUUUGAAGCGUGUCUACUCACUGUCUUUGUACGAAUGGGUUAGUCACCUGGGCGCCGAACUAACGGGAACCGAGCCUGUCGAUCCCGGCUUGCGGACCAGGUUGUCAACCCGGUGUCAUAGUCAAGUCUGUGUGACCGAACAGUUAGUUGAGUCGCGCGAGCCUUCAGAGGUUCUCUCUGCCCCUGCCAUUAUUGACGAUACUUCGCUUGGAUACUUGCUCUUGACUGCAACCUCGAAUGGUCCUUACGGGGUGAUUUUUGACCAGGCUCCUCUAGGCACCUCAAUUAUCGGCCCAUCAAUUACAGACUUCAGCGUGUCUUCUGGUCGUCUAGAAUCUCAACUUGCAAAACGUCCCGUGUCACCCAUCGAAACAGUUCCUCUACGAGAGCCAUACUGUCCUCCCAAAAUCUUCUACUUCAACCAGCAUAUUCCCCUCGAUUCCAUGCGUCAACGUCUGCCGCCGUAUCCCAAGAAAGCCAUCUCUGAACGGCCUAUGCGUUUAAGCCCUGCCAUGUUGGAGAUUAUGACCUUCACCCACCGCACCAUAGGUGUGCAGUCUGCUCAACUAGAGAAUGCAGCUGCAGAACUCUUCCGGCGAUGUGAGCGUCUAAGAAUCGAACUUGCUGGUCAAGUCAAACAAAUGACUGAGCUCGCUCAACAGUUGCAGCGUCUUACCGCUGCUACGGAGGAGGACGAAAAUGGCAAUGUCAAGGAAAAGAAGACCCCCGACACGAGGAUCAACGAGGCACGGGAGAGGCAGAGCAAAUUGGCGGCGAGAUACGAGGCUCUAAGAAGGAAGGUGGGACGUGCAGGGUCGGCGAACAGAGAGUUGAGUGCUAAGGAACUAGCCUGGAUGCAUGAGAUUGAGAUUCUUGGUAAGAAUGUUGGCAUUGUGAGUAAAGAGGACGGCGAACGAGAGGGUGGCGAAAGAGGUACAACUCUCGACAAGCGAUUUGAGACGGUCAAACAACUCACUCGUUCCCUCGUGGAGGAAGCUCACGCUGCUGAAAAACAACAACAACCGGCCUCGCCGAAAGGUCCUCCAGCCUUGGAGGCGUCCGUAUCGUCAAUCUCGGCAUCAUCAAUAACACCAUCAAUGUCAGCGUCUCAGAUCACCGUUACAUCUCGAUCCAGUGGAGCCGCGGCAUCCCCGAGAAGUUCGACUUUCGGUGGAUUAGGUGUUUCCAGUCGCCUGCAAAAGGAACGCAUCGCGGAUAUCAUGGCCACGGUUGAGAGAGAAGGUGCGGUAAUCGAGGCGGCCAUGAAGAGGCUCGAGAGAUUGAGGAUGGAGUAUUAG